CAUAAUUUACGUCUUUCCGUGCGCGAUCACACUUCCCUUCAGACCAUCGGCGGACAGGAGCAAGGAAGAGAGAGUAGAAUGCUGGCCACCAGAGCCCUUAGUCUUAUUGGCAAGCGUGCCAUUUCCACAUCCGUCUGUGUACGUGGAGGACAUGGUGUCGCUAAGGUGGAGGACUACACUCUGCCCGCCUACUUUGACAGGCGAGAGAACCCUCUGCCAGAUAUCUGUUAUGUGCAGGACCUGAGUGCAGACCAGAAGUCCCUGAAGGAGAAGGAGAAGGGCUCCUGGGCUGCUCUCUCCAAUGAGGAGAAGAUUGCAUUGUACCGCAUCAGCUUCAAACAGAGCUUUGCUGAGAUGAACCAGGGAUCAUCAGAGUGGAAGUCUGUGGUUGGAGGAAUCUUUUUCUUUGUUGGCUUCACUGGCCUGGUUGUGCUCUGGCAGAGAAAAUAUGUGUAUGGACCUGUCCCACACACAUUUGACCCAGAGUACAAGGAAAAGGAGCUGCAGAGGAUGCUGGACAUGAGAAUCAACCCAGUGGAGGGCUUCUCAGCCAAGUGGGACUAUGAAAACAAGCAGUGGAAAAAGUAAUAGCCCCUGAGGACCAGAUUAAAUACUUGAAAAUAAAGACGACCAAUUCAAAGUUACAAGAACACCUUUAUUUCUGUAUUUAUCAACUGUCCACAUUACCUCAGUCUGUGCAUUUUGGAAGACCACUUCCUCUUAUGGUCAUUGUUUAUUUUAGAAAUAAGAAUAAAAACUGUUAACUGAUAAAA